UCAUUACAGUAGGGAAAAAGAAGAAACGCAGAAAUGUCAUCCCAACCAGACAAAUACACGCCGAGGACAAUCCUCAUAACUGGCGCUGCUGGCUUCAUCGCCUCCCACCUUACCAACCGUCUAAUCAGAAACUACCCCAACUACAAGAUAGUAGCCCUUGAUAAGCUAGAUUACUGCUCCAGCCUCAAAAACCUCAUCCCCGCUCGUUCUUCCUCCAAUUUCAAGUUCGUAAAAGGCGAUAUCGCAAGUGCAGAUCUCGUCAACCAUCUCCUCGUCGCUGAAGGCAUCGACACCAUCAUGCACUUCGCAGCCCAGACCCACGUCGACAAUUCAUUCGGCAACUCCUUUGAAUUCACCAACAACAACAUCUACGGAACCCAUGUUCUACUCGAGGCCUGCAAGGUCACUCGUCAGAUCAACCGAUUCAUCCACGUCAGCACCGAUGAAGUUUACGGCGAGACUGACGUGUAUGCUGACGUGGGCAACCCAGAAGCAUCCCAGCUCCUCCCUACUAACCCCUACUCAGCCACCAAAGCCGGAGCUGAAAUGCUUGUAAUGGCCUACCGCCAAUCGUACGGCCUUCCUACAAUCACCACACGUGGAAAUAACGUCUACGGACCCAAUCAGUUCCCGGAAAAGCUCAUCCCUAAGUUCAUCUUGCUAGCGAUGAAAGGCGAGCCGUUGCCUAUUCAUGGAGAUGGGUCGAACGUGAGGAGCUACCUCUAUUGCGAGGACGUGGCAGAGGCUUUUGAGGUGAUCCUCCACCAAGGUGCGGUGGGCCACGUGUACAACAUUGGUACCAAGAGAGAAAGGAGGGUGAUCGACGUGGCGGAAGAUGUGUGCAAGCUCUUCCAUCAAGAUGCAAGCAGUGUAAUCAAGUUCGUCGAGAACCGUCCGUUCAAUGACAAACGAUAUUUCUUGGAUGAUCAAAAGCUCAAGAAGCUAGGAUGGGAAGAGAGAACUACAUGGGAAGAUGGUCUGAAAAUGACAAUGGAAUGGUAUACCAAAAAUCCAGAUUGGUGGGGAGAUGUAACUGGAGCACUCCUUCCUCACCCUAGAAUGUCGAUGGUGGGGCUUGCUUAUGAUGAUAUGUACUUCAUCGAGUAUCCAGGUUCGGUGGGCCAUGCCAUUCCUAACGAAGGGUCAGGAUUAAAGUUCUUGAUCUAUGGACGGACGGGGUGGAUUGGAGGGUUACUUGGGAAUCUGUGUAGAGAUGGUAAGAUUGAGUUUGAGUAUGGGAGAGGACGGUUGGAAGAUCGGAAGACGAUCUUGGAUGAUAUAAAGAGGGUGAAACCAACACAUGUUUUUAAUGCUGCCGGUGUGACGGGAAGGCCGAACGUGGAUUGGUGUGAGUCGCAUAAGGUGGAGACGAUUCGGACGAAUGUGGUUGGGACUCUGACGUUGGCAGAUGUUUGUAAGGAUCAAGGACUUCUGGUGGUGAAUUUUGCUACUGGGUGUAUAUUCGAGUAUGAUAGUGAGCACAAGGAAGGAUCUGGUAUUGGUUUUAAGGAGGAAGAUAAGCCGAAUUUCAUGGGUUCUUAUUAUUCCAAGACCAAGGCUAUGGUAGAGGAGCUCCUGAGGGAGUACGAAAAUGUGUGCACACUCAGGGUCCGAAUGCCGAUCUCGUCCGAUCUGAGCAAUCCACGCAACUUCAUCACCAAGAUCAGCCGUUACAAUAAGGUGGUCAACAUACCAAACAGCAUGACGGUGCUUGAUGAGCUCCUGCCAAUCUCGAUCGAGAUGGCGAAGCGUAACUGCCGUGGGAUCUGGAAUUUCACGAAUCCCGGCGUGAUCAGCCACAAUGAGAUUUUGGAAAUGUACAGGGACUACAUCGACCCUCAAUUCAAGUGGGCCAACUUCAAUCUGGAGGAACAAGCGAAGGUGAUCGUUGCCCAACGGAGUAACAACGAAUUGGAUGCAUCCAAGCUAAAGAAGGAAUUCCCGGACCUGCUUUCGAUCAAGGACUCAAUUAUCAAGUAUGUAUUCGAACCUAAUAAGAAGACUUGAAGAUCAUUGGUUGGAUGCUUGAU